CAGUUCUCUAAAACCGAACUAAACUGUGACUCUAGGAGAGCCCCGGUUUAUCCCAGUUAAAUAUUUUAAUGUAAUACUCUUCCAAGGUCGACGCUGAAGAAGAGAACGGACUUUGGGAGGAAUGUCUGUCUAAUCGGCUCACAGUUAACUGAAGCGUCGCGUCUCGCACCCUGCAAACAAGUCCGAACCAGUUACUCAGGCGCAGCGUCCCCCCGCCCCCCCUUCUCGGUCUCUUUAGCUACCAUUCGAAGGUGCCUCGGCAGCGAGCAACAGAUGGAAAGGCAGGAAGAAACUAGGCGAGGACACAGUCUUUACUGCGGCGCGGAGAAAUACCCGGGCUCCGGAAGACCGUUCUCCGCUGAGCUCAGGAGCGCCGCGCAGCUCCGUAACUUUUCAAAAGAGGGAGGAGGAAGGAGGAGAUAAAGCGCUCCGCUGUUUGGGAGCCGGGGUGGGGGGUGUCGCUGGAGAGUGGAGGUGACUUGAUUUCUUCCGUAGUCAGAGUUAGCGUGCUCCAGCUGACUGGACGAGUCCCCGCGGUGCAGGCGGCGCGUUUCCCCCCUGCGGGUCCUCUUCCCUGAAUGGGGUCUCCCCGGAGGAAGAGGCUCUGCCUUUUGUUCCUGAUAGGAUUAGCGCUCUCUGUCAUUUUCCUCGGACACUACUACACGGCGGAUUCGCCCAUCUGCCCCAGGAGUGCGUCCAGAACAUGUCAGCAAGAACCAAGGGAUUUAGAAGAAGCAAAAAUAUUGCAAGCUAACAGAAAUUGUGACCUGACCAGAACAACCAUCAUGAAGAGGGAAAAUUCAACCAAAGAUGUGACUAACCCUAAGAAGAAGUCCAGAUCGUGCCCCCGGUCAUUAAAAUCCAAAGUGAAGCAGAAUCCCACGUUUGAGAAGCAGUUUGAUUUUGAUAUCCCUGUGUUUGUGUGGGAGCAACACUUCACCUCUGAGACUUGGGGGAGGCUGAAGGACCGCAACGUUCCAUAUGGUUGGCAUGAUGUGCCAUAUCCAGUUAUUGCAUCCACGGUGCAACUUCUCAGUGAGCCUGUCCACAGCCAGUUGGUCGAUGAAACCAAGUUCCUUAACUGCUGCAUCUGCUGUGCCGUGGUUGGGAAUGGAGGGAUUUUGAAUGGGUCUCGCCAAGGGAAGAAGAUAGAUGCUCAUGACUUUGUCUUCAGGCUUAAUGGGGCAGUCACCAAAGGUUUUGAGGAAGAUGUUGGGACUAAGACUUCCUUCUAUGGUUUUACAGUCAACACGAUGAAGAAUUCCCUUGUUGCUUAUGCAGAAUAUGGCUUCACACAGAUCCCACAGGGAAAAGACAUACAGUACAUUUUCAUUCCAUCAAACAUACGAGACUACAUCAUGCUUCGGUCUGCCAUAUUGGGCAGCCCUGUCCCAGAGGGCUAUGACAAGGGUGAUAACCCCCAGAAAUACUUUGGAUCUGAGGCAUCUGCAGGGAAGUUCAAGAUGCUGCACCCGGAAUUCAUGCAUUAUCUAAAAGAAAGGUUUUUAAAAUCAGAAAUCAUUAAUACUCAGUUUGGUCAUCUCUACAUGCCCAGCACUGGAGCACUUAUGCUUUUAACAGCUCUGCACACUUGUGAUCAGGUCAGUGCCUAUGGAUUCAUCACAGAGAAUUACAGGUUGUUCUCAGAUCAUUACUAUGAGCAGGAGAAAAAGCCCUUGGUGUUCUAUGCCAAUCAUGAUAUGUUGCUAGAAGCUGAGCUAUGGAAGAGCUUGCACCGAGUUGGCAUCAUGAAGCUGUAUCAGCGAUGAAGAUAAGUAAUUCUGUGGGAAAGAACAAAGGUGCAUCUCCCCUUGACCCCCUGUGCAUGAGAGCUCUCCUGGUCAAGAGGAACCAUUCCUUGGUCUCCAGAAAUGAAACUGAUCCUCAACAAGCUCCAAGCCUAUCUUAGAUAGCAUUGGAACAGUCAAAUGCCCUGUGAAAACCUUUAUCUCAUUUGAUAAAGACAGACUCAUCUACUGUUACUAUGAUGUAGCCAAGAGAUGCAGCAACAUUACUGCUGUACCAGGGAAUCUCAAAGACAAUCUCAUUCAUGUAUGCAAUUAUUCUCAUAUGCUUGGAGGUAAGAUGGUUGAUCAUCAUGGAGCAUCAGUCUGACUCAGUGUUACAGAUAUGGGUAUCACUCCACUAUCCCCCAGUUAGGACAUGUCCAGCAGAUUGGUGCUGAGGACCACAGAACUGUGCUUGCAGGUGUCAAUACUAUACAGUCUAAAUGCAGGCGGCCACAACCAUCAGAACUGGGCUCCUAUUCACAAACUAUACAUGCCAUGCAUCUAGGAAAAAUGGCUUUAUUGAAGGCAAACAAGUUCUGAUAAAGUGAAAUGGGACCUAGCAAUGGACACUUUGGAAUAGUUGUUUCUAACAAGAAAGGGACAUCUUCCCCCUUCCAAAAGACAGUACAGCAAUUUACCCCCGACUUUAAAUCGGUCUUGGACUAUAUAGAUCUCUGGAACAUACCUACCAUGCUGCAUCCUUACUUCAUCCACCCACGGUUCCUAAGUUUGAGCUCAGGGAUCCUUUUAGAUGUACAAAUAUUGGCCCACUUCUCUUUUCACAAUCAGCUGCAAUGGUACUGAGUAGUCCCACCACAGUGGGAGAGAGCAGCCUUCUAACUGGUUGUUGCAGGGCCAUUGGAUACUAUACCACUCAAAAUAAAUCUGCGCUAAGAAAGUUGUGCAAAUGUUUCUGUAGCCUGAACUUCUCUGAAGGCAAACCAUGGCUUGGGACAGAGGUAGUUUCAGAUUCAGUGUUUUGUGCAGAAUACCUAACAAAUUCAAGUGUUCUUAUUAAAUGUAUUUAUAUAUAAAGUA